AUGGACCAGGACCGCAAGACAUGGAACGAAAAGAAGGUGAUCGUUCCGGAUGUUCCGCUCCAAGUGGUGAUGGUUGAUAGUGCUAGAAUGCAUCCCUCUUCUAGGUUUCUUCUCUCGAAUACUCGCAUUUACUUCCCGUCCGAGGUUGGGCUGCUCGGAAAGACUCUCUGCAAGCGCCCGCCAGCUAGCGUCUUGGACGUCAGUCGAGUCGAUGGUGAUGAGGCCUCUUAA